AUGGAACCCAGAAAUCACUCAGAUGUUUCAGAAUUUCUUCUUCUGGGAUUGACAAAGGAUGCAGAACUGCAGCCCCUCCUCUUUGGGCUCUUCCUGUCCAUGUACCUGGUCACCAUCCUGGGAAACCUGCUCAUCAUCCUGGCUGUCAGCUCUGAUGCCCACCUCCACACCCCCAUGUACUUCUUCCUCUCCAGCCUGUCAUUUACUGACAUCUGUAUAAGCACAUCCACAAUCCCCAAGAUGUUACUGAACAUCCAAGCACAGAAUCAGCACAUCAGUUACGCAGGCUGCCUUACCCAGAUUGGCUUUGUCCUGGGUUUUGGUGGAUUUGAAAGCUGUCUUCUUGCAGCAAUGGCCUAUGACCCCUAUGUGGCAAUCUGUCACCCACUGUGGUACACGGUCAUCAUGAACUACUGGCUCUGUGUUCUGCUGAUUCUUCUCUCUCUGCUCCUUAGCACUGUGGUGGCCCUGCUCCUUAGUCUAAUGGUGUCACGACUCUCUUUCUGCACAAACCUGGAAAUCCCCAACUUUUUCUGUGAACUUGCUCAGAUCAUCAAGUUGGCCUGUUCUGAUACCUUCAUCAAUAAAAUUGUGAUUUAUUUUGUGGCUGGCCUCUUUGGGGCUCUUCCCAUCUCUGGGAUAGCAUUCUCUUGUGCUAAAAUUGUCUUCUCUGUUUUAAGAAUGCCAUCAAGAGAAGGAAAGAUGAAAGCUUUUUCCACCUGUGGGUCUCACCUGUGCAUUGUUUCCUUGUUCUACGGGACAGUAUUUGGUGUGUACAUUAGUUCUGUCAUCACUGAGUUUUCCAGGAAGAUGGCAGCGGCUUCAGUGAUGUACACUGUGGUUCCUCAAAUGAUGAACCCCUUCAUCUACAGCCCGAGGAACAGGGACAUGAAGGAGGCCUUGAGGAAACUCAUCAGAGGGUUAUCUUCUCUCUGUUUUUAUGCCAUCUACUCUAGAAUCAAGUUUCUAAAAUGA